CACAAACACGUCCAUGUCCCUCUCCAAGUUUCCAUAACUCCAUUUGGAAGUCUCCUGUAUCAUCACCCUCCCAUCUCACCCCUCUCAACAAACAAGGCAGUGAGGAGCUCCAGACUCCGACAGGCGAGGAGACCGUCAAGCUUCAGCACCUUUUCUUCUCCUCUUCUCUUCUUCCUCCAUUCUACCUCGUCAAUCUCUUCUUCUACUAACUCAAAUUCAUCUAUCUGUAUGUUCUUUGAUAGCUUCUUGGACAACAACAUGAAGAACAAGGACAGCAGGAAAGAUGUCAUCCUUCGCUUUCAGCAGCACAACCUCCAACAACAUCAAGGACGCCAGCAGCAGCAACUCUGGAAAGAAUGCCUUCCGGACGAAGUCGUCCGCGCGAGGAGCAGUGGAGAGAUCAACGAGCCAAAAGCCGACGUCGAACAUGACUCGCAGAAAGCUGUGGUGGUGGUUAAUGGCAGCAGCGGUGCUAGUUGUGAUGGAGGAGGAGAUGGUGCAAUUUUUGAGGUGGUGAAGCGGCGUCGAGGGCGGCCUCUGGGCUCCAAGAACAAGCCUAAGCCGCCCGUGGUGAUUACGCAAAAGGCGGAGACGCCGGCGGCCAUGCGCCCGCACUUGCUCGAGAUACCCGCCGGGAAGGACGUGGCUGACGCGAUUGCGCGCUUCGCCCGCCGCCGCGACCUCGGUCUCUGUGUCCUCGCAGGAACCGGUUCCGUCGCCAACGUCACCCUCCGCCAGUCGAACAUUGGCGGGGUGCCUACGGCGGCUGCUGCGACCAUCGGAUUUCACGGGCGAUUCGAGAUCCUAUCCAUUUCCGCGACGUUCCUCUCUCCGGCCGUUGCGGCUCUUUCCCCGGGGAUCAGCGGUCAAAUGUCGAUCUCGCUGGCCGGGCCGCAGGGGCAGGUCAUGGGUGGGCUGGUGGUUGGGCCGCUGUUGGCUGCGGAGACAGUGGUCAUCGUAGCGGCGGCGUUCUUAAAUCCGACCUUCCACCGGUUGCCAGCAGAGGACGAUGCGUCGUUGUCGAUCUCGGUUUUCGGCGGCGACGUCGGAGCUGCUGGUGAAGUAGAAGAGCAGGAACAGCACCUCCAUCACCAAAACCAGCAGCAUCAGCAACAGGAGCAUCAACAGCAGCGCAACCACGGGUCAGUGGCGGCUAGUUCGUCUGAGCCCUGCGGCGUGUCCAUCUCCAGUCGCCACCUAUCGUCGUCAGUCAUUCUGGCACCCAUCUCCAGACCACCGCGGCCGUCUUCGCCGCCGCCGCUGCCGCCUUAUCAAUAUUACUCUUAAACGCUCUAGCUGUUGUGUAGUAAUCUUAUUCCGUCGUUACUGCACCGGGGAAGUCCUCGAGACUCCGCUUAUUUGGAUUCGUAGUGUCAAGUAAUUGAAGUUACUGACUCAAUUAUCAGUCCUUUUUAGGCCCACAUAA